UAUUAUUAUUAUUAUUAUUAUUAAAUUAUGUAAAUAAUUUAAAUGCAGCAUAUAUUCACUUACCGUAAGGCCCUGUUUUCAAAUAGUGAGAUCCGUCCGGUCAAGCUAACACCGCCGGCGGAGAAUCAAUGGAGGAAGUUCCGUGCUUCCGUCAAACCGAUCAGCCGCCGGAGUACGAGCGGUACAUCACUGUUCUCAGCAUAGAUGGCGGUGGCGUCAAAGGAAUCCUCCCCGCCGUUGUCCUUGAAUACCUCGAAUCUCAGCUCCAGGAGCUGGAUGGAGAUCAGGCGAGAUUAGCAGAUUACUUCGAUGUGAUAGCCGGAACGAGCACCGGUGGACUGGUAACCGCCAUGAUUACAUCUCCGGAUGCAAACAAUCGACCUCUGUAUGCCGCCAAUCAGAUCAAGCCUUUCUACUUGGAGAAUUGCCCCAAAAUCUUCCCUCGGGAACACACCAUAUUCCCUUUCGGUAAAAUGUUGAAAUCAUUGUUAGGGCCAUUGUACGACGGGAAAUACCUCCAUGGAAUACUGAAGAGCCAAUUGUCGAACACCAGGCUGAGCCAGGCAAUCACCAAUGUCGUCAUUCCAGCAUUCGACAUCAAGCGGUUACAGCCAGUGAUCUUCUCUUCGUAUCAGGCGAAGACAAACAAACUGUUGGAUGCAAAGUUUUCCGAUAUCUGCAUAAGCACUUCAGCAGCUCCGACAAUAUUUCCAGGGCACGGAUUCGUCACUCGAGACGAGAACGGCAAUUUCAGAGAGUUUGAUCUGAUCGACGGAGGCGUCGCUGCGAAUAAUCCAGCUUUGAUCGCCAUAACAGAAGUGACCAAACAAAUGUUCGACAGCAACAUGAACUUUUUCCACACAAAGCCAGUCGAUUAUCCUCGUCUUCUGGUGAUCUCCGUCGGCACCGGAGCAGCACGAAUCGACGAGAAAUACAACGCCAAAUUAGCCGCCAAGUGGGGAAUGUUGGACUGGCUGCUGUACGGCGGCACCAUGCCAUUGCUGGAAGUCUUCACCCAAGCCAGCGCCGACAUGGUCGACUUCCACAGCUCCCUCAUUUUCCAGGCACUCUACUCCGAGGAGAAUUACCUCAGGAUUCAGGACGACACCCUGUGUGGAACCGAAUCAACCGUCGAUGUUGCGACGACGGAGAACCUCAACAGACUGGUAGAAAUCGGCGAGCGGCUGCUCCGGAGCCCCGUUUCUAGGGUCAACCUGGAGUCCGGCCUCACUGAACCAGUCAAAGACGGCGGCACCAACGAGGACGCCAUUAAAAGGUUUGCUAAUUUACUUUCAACGGAGAGGAAAUGUCGCGUGGCGAAGAACACAGCAGGGAGCAGAACAGCCACUGUAAAAAUGGCGGUGAGCACAUGGCGGCCAAAGAUGGCGACAAUGUUGAAUAAUUAUUGUCACAGGCCAAGUGAGACUGCAAUCAAUCCUCUCAUCAGACUCAGUCUUAGUGCUUCUGUUGCUGUCACUGCAAAAGCUUUCUUCUGGUAAUCAUCAAUCAAUAUAAUCAAUUAGUAAUUAAUGGUGUUGUUGCAUGUCAAUUAAUUAUAAUUUGUUGAAAUUUUAUAUUCAUCGAUUUAAUUGCAUGCAUGAGCAUGAGGAUGAGCAAUUGGGCAUGAUUGAUAGUAUAUAUAGUUUUAUAAAUUUUAAUUAAGUUGUAUGGUGGAUUUGUGAUUGAGACAACCACUCACUAGCUGCCUGCUGAUUCUAUAUAUCAACUGAAAUUAU